CGGAGGCAUGGCGGGGAAGGUCUGAAUGUCAGCGCCUUCCCAAGGGAAACAGGCCAGGGAAUGGGGACUGGAAGUUCUCUUUCGCCGUAGUUCCUCACCUGCCGCGCCUUGCGAUGUGAGUGUGUGGAUUUGGGCUCGUGUCCGGCCGCGUGCGCGUGCGCCGCGCGGCGUCUCGGCACCGUCCCCGCGCGGGAGGACCUUGCUGGAAACAUGAUCCGCGCCUUGCUGCGGGCCGCCGAGAAGGCGGAGUCCGGGAGGCGCCUGCUGCUCGGGGCCUGCCGGAGGACGGCGCCCGGCGCGAGGUCGGGGCCGCCGGAGCCCGUCCCGACGGCCGCCCGGAGAAGCUUCUGGUCGCCGGCGCCGAGGCCGCGGGAAGCCAAGGGCGACGGCAGCGGCAGCAGCAGCAGCAGCAAGCAGGUGCCCGCGCUGAGCAGCGAGAGGCCGGGAGCCGCCCUGUCACCGGCCCAGAAAGUGAAAGAAGCUGGGAGAGAUUUCACCUACUUAAUAGUGGUGCUCAUUGGAAUCAGCAUUACAGGUAGCUUGUUAUACGCGAUUUUCAAAGAACUUUUUUCUUCAUCCAGUCCUAAUAAGAUAUAUGGGAAAGCCUUAGAAAAAUGCAGAAUACAUCCUGAGGUGGUCAGUAUUUUCGGCGCACCUUUGAAAGGCUACGGGGAAAUGUCGAGGCGCGGUCGGAGGCAGCAUGUCAGCUUCAUCGAAUAUGUGAAAGACGGGCUGAAACACAUGCGUCUGAAGUUCUACAUUGAGGGGUCUGAGCCAGGGAAGCAAGGAACCGUGCACGUGGAAGUAAAGGAGAACCCCAAGAGCGGCAGAUAUGAAUUCCGAUAUAUAUUUGUGGAAACAGAGUCCUUUCCUAGAAGGACAAUUGUCAUCGAAGAUAAUCGGUCUCAAGACAGCUAAAAGAAUCAAGCAAGUGUGCUGUUUCCUGAAGCCUAUGGAGGGUGUAGAUGCACAACUGUGUUCACAACUCUCUUCCAGAAUCAGCUCCGGAGAGCAAGUGUAUGGCUGGAAAAGUGAAUGGAGUAGGAUGAUUUGAUGUGUUUAGACAAACCAAAUUAGAGAUUUUCUUGUGAGUAAUCAUGAAACAGUGUAUUUUACAUUUUUUUCUUUGUCAAUCAUGACAGUAUUUCUACUUUCAUGAUGUGAAUUUUUUACUGAAAUUUUUACACAGUGCAAAUAAAAGAUUUCAGUAUUU